AACUAAAUAGAUUAAUAUUUAUAAUAUAAAAAAAGAAAAUAAUAAUGAACGAUUUUACUUCUUGGUAUAAAUCACAACCUUUUUUCACAAGAACUAUGUUUACAGGACUUGUCGCUACAACAGUUUUAGGAUCAUUUGAAAUAUUUAGUCCGAUGUAUUUAGCAUUAAUACCUGAUAAUUUGCUGAAACUAUAGAUAUGGAGAUUAAUUUCAAAUUUCUUUUUUAUGGGUUUAUUUAGUCCUAAUAUUAUAUGGACAAUAUUCUUUUUGCAUUUUUCAUUCAGUAGGCUAGAAUCUUUAUUUAGACCUUAAUAAUUAGCAGAUUUACUAUGGCUUGUAUUAUUUAAUAUGCUAGUUUUAGAUAUAAUUGGAUUAAUAUUAGGAUAUAAUUUUCUUUUAUAAAGUUUAAUGAUAUCAUUUAUUUAUAUUUGGAGCAAAAAAAAACCUUUUGAAGAAGUGUAUUUUUUAUUUGGUUUAAAAGUUAAAAGUGCAUAUUUUUGUUUUGUUUUAAUUGGAUUUCAUUUAAUUACCGGAAAACAGAUAUUUUAAGAUCUUUUUGGAGUUGCAGUAGGACAUUUAUACAUAAUUUUAAAAGACAUUUUACCAUCAAAAAAUUACAAAGAUUAUUUAUAAACACCUGAAUUUUUGUAAAUAAAAUAUAAUCAAUUUAUUUAUUUAUUAAAUAAUUUAAAUAAUAGCAAAAGGAUUGUUUUUAAAUAUAUUUUAGGGAAUACAAAAAUAAUUGGUGGAGUUUUUGGUAAUGUUGAAUAACAAUAAUAGUAACAAUAAUAGAAUCAAUGGAGACAAUUUGCAGGUAGACAUGUCAGAAUAGGAGGAGAAGAAAGAAGAAACUAAUGAAAAAGAAAGUACUGAAGUUUAUAAAAUAAAAAAUAUUAUUAAUAUAAAAAUAUAUAUAAUAAUAAUAUUUCUUAUAUAUAAAAUAUAUAAUCAAUAUAAAUAAAUAAAAUCAUUAUUAU